GUUCCCAAAUAUGUUUAAUUUAAAAAUUUUUAUUUUGAUUGCAAUUUUAAGCAUAGUAAAUUCUAAUGCAGCUAGACUCAGAUCUUCGUCUCGUUUAAGAACAUCUCAACAAAAAUUCGAAAGGCAAGAACUUUUAACUACAACAACACAAGCAACACCCGAAGAAAUAACAACAUUAUCAAAUAAUGAACCAGAACCGACAACAACAGCUUCAAAUAAACCAUCAUUAGGUGGACCUUAUCAACCAUCCGGAUGGAAACCAAGUGGACGUUCUUUUCUUUUACCAACAGAAAUAGAAGAACGACAAAUUCAACCAAAUUUAAAAUAUGGACCACCAUCAAACUCAUACGGACCACCUGUUGUUAAUUCUCCAGAUGUUAAUGAUAUUGAAAUUGAGGAUCCAGAUUCUAUUUCAAUUGAUGCUGCAUCACUUGUUAAUGAUGGAGAAAUACCAAAACAUGGUUCAUAUUUUGUUCGUCUAUCAGAUGGCAGUUUACAAAAGAUAAUAUUUUCACCAGCAGAAAAUUCACCCGUAAAAAUUGUUGCUCAACCGUUAUCAGCUUUUAAAAAAUCUGAAAAAUUACGACGAAAUCCAGUAAAUGGAUUUUCGUUAGUGAGAGGAUUUUAAUUGAAAAUUUUAAAGA